ACGUAUUUGUGGAGAUGAUGUUAUCGUACUAACACUAACGUCAUGGCUUCUAAACGUAAAACGUCAAGUAAAGAAAGUCCCGCUGAUAAUAAAGAACAGAAACUUUCUCGAUAUUUUCCAGUUACGAGCAAAGAUCGACAAAACCACAAUUACUCGAAGACAGAAGAAAGUAACAGGAAUCCUCGUACGUCUCUUUGUUCUAAGAAAUUCUUGAAAAAUGUGUCUUUGUACAUCCUUUCGGCCGGAAUUCCUAAAAUCAGGAAGGACUUGUUUGCAUCGAAAGUUGUCCAGUUUGGUGGUGUAAUACUGAAUGAAUUCGUUCUCGGAAAAUGUAGUCACGUUUUAGUGAGUGAAACAAUGACGUUAGAUCGAGCCUUGAAACUGUUAAAGAUUGAGGAAACUUCUUGUGGUUUGCCCAUUGUUUCCACCCUCUGGUUAAGUAGUUGUCUAAAGAAAGAGUCCCUCUUGCCCGCUGACUCAUUUCUCUUGAAUCUUCCUCGGGACACCGAGGAGCCUUCGGACUCUGUAAAAGAAGUUUCUGACCACUCAAAUAUUAUUUCUGACCCACCUUUAAAAUUACUACCCGAUGAACCACCUCCUUUUGUGACAACACAGGAAGAGAAAAACACGUUUAUCAAAGAGAAAAACACGUUUAUCAAAGAGAAAGACCACCAAGUAAGAAAUGAUGCAAAUGACAACGAAGAAUAUAUUGACAACAGUCAAACUGAUUUUGAAACGAAUUCCCAAGUUUCUACCCAAACUGUUCCAAAAGGUCGUUGGGUGUGUUUUGAAUCGUCUCGGAACAGCCCUGUUAAUUACAAUCGACACAUCACAGAUACUCUUGAAGAAAUGGUGAAAACUUAUAAAAGUACUAAUGAUAAAUGGAGAGCUUACAGUUAUCAGAAAGCAAUUGGAAUCUUGAAGAGAGAACCGAAGGAAAUAACUAGCAGGGAGGAAGCCCGAAAUCUUCGUGGAAUCGGCGACAGUCUUGCAGAUAAAAUCUGGGAAAUCGUUCAGAGUGGACGCCUUCGAAAACUUGAUGAGUUCCAAAGUUCCGAACAGUUACAGGUAUUAAACUUACUAACCAAUGUCUGGGGAGCUGGACCUCACACUGCUAAACUAUGGUACCAGCAAGGUUAUCGUAGUUUAAAAGACCUCGAAGAAAAAGCGGUUCUUACUAAACAACAAAAAGUUGGUUUACGAUAUUAUGAUGACUUCCUCGAACGUAUGUCUCGAGAAGAAGUUGCUGCAAUCGAAAGAAUUGUUUCUGAAAAUACAGAGAAGGUUGUAGCAGGGAGUAUUGUACAGGUGUGUGGGUCUUACCGUCGUGGUAAAGAAACCUGUGGAGACAUUGAUAUUCUUAUCUCUCAUCCGGAUGGGGAAUCCCACCAAGGUUUAUUGUCUCGACUUUUAUCUCAGCUGAAAGAAAUUAAAUUUAUUACCGACGAUCUUAUUGAAAUUGAAGAAAACGGAAGUCAAAGGAAAUACAUGGGUGUUUGCCUGUCUCCUCUGUCACCUGAUCAUCAUCGUCGUAUCGACAUAAUUGUUGCCCCCUAUUCUGAAUAUGCUUGUGCCCUUGUCCAUUUUACAGGUUCAGCACAUUUCAAUCGUUCCAUUAGACAUUUAGCUAAAACGAAAGGAAUGUCUCUCUCAGAGCAUGCCCUACGAACGGGUGUUGUUAGAGGGAGUAGAGAAAAACUAUAUAAAGGAAAUGCUCUUCCUACACCUACUGAGCAGUCAAUUUUUGACCAACUUGGGGUACCAUAUAGACGCCCUGAAGAGCGGGAUCAUUGACAGGUUGACAACAAAAUGUAUUCCUAUAAUACUCCUAUUAUCUCACUUGAAAUAAAUGCGAUUAUUUGUAAAAUUUUAAUUUAUGUAAUUUAAAUCAAAGAAUUCUUAGAACAAUUUCACAUUCAGCUGGAAUUUUUAAGUGCUAAUCGAAUCUACAAUCUAUUGCGGCAGAAUUGGAAAUUUACGCAAUGUAUUAACUUUUGCACCCUCACUUAUGAGGUAUCUUCAACUAUGCAGAAUACGUGCCUUGAAAAGUUUCAGUUCUAUGUCCUUGUUAGACUUACAUAUUUUGUCUAGCUUAUUUAUAGCUGCCAAAGUCAAGUUCUUUCUUUGCAUUAAAAUCAUCCUUGCUUUCUGGGAUAUAACCACCUAAA